AUGUCGUUCCUCCGUGGUAUAGCGUCUGUCCUUGCCUGCUUACUCUCAUCUCUCAUCUCUUGCGUGGCCCUAAAUGUCUCCCAGCCAUAUCGAAUCUACUUUCUUCUCCCAAUCCUGGUCCCAGCGGCACUUUCAUUUUUCACAAUCAAUGACAUCAAUGUUGCUCUCCCCGGGCUUGGGCUGGGCUCUGUUUGGGGCCACGCGGGAUUCAUCCACGUCGCAAACAUGAUCUCCGUCCUUUACAUUGAGCAAUGGGUGUUGCAUCCCACAACACAUCCAAAACCAUGGGAUCUCCACGCAGCUUACAAAAUUUGGAGUAACCCACAGCUACUGCAUACCCCUCGCGCAAUCCCUGGCGCACCUAUGAUGCGAACCCGGCCAUCUCGAACAGCAUUCCUUGUUCGCCGUCUAGCCGAGCUGCUCAUUUUAUUCCUGGUAGCUCGGUACAUGAUGGUGCCUUUGUUACCGGGUGCAUUUGCGCCGCUGACAGUCGCCGACUUCUCGGCAAUGAAGCAGUCAUAUGUUCGGCGCCUACUAAUGGGUUCAGCAAUCACAGCCCGAGAGACCCUUUUGCGCUGUGUCUUCGCCGUACACUGGAUCUGGUCCAACUCUGCAGUUCUUCAUCUCACACAGACAUUUGCUGCCAUCUUAUUCUCCUGCGUCCUCCGCUGGGAUGAGCCUUGGGAGUGGCCGCCGCUCUUCGGUAAUCCCGCGGAGGCGUAUACACUGCGCUAUUUCUGGUCCCGGUUUUGGCAUCGUCUCGUGUAUAGACCAUACAAGAACUACGGGCUAUGGGUGUCUCGAAGAGUGUUUCGUUUCCCGCCGGGUGGUAUCUGGGAAAAGAUCGUAGUACUGAGCUUAGUAUUUUUCUUAUCUGGAGCUGUGCACUCCCUGGUUAGCUGGCAAACGGGGCGUUGCGAAGUUUGGAGGGAUACAUUGUGGUUUUCUAUGAAUGGCGGUGCUACCAUGAUUGAGAUGGUGGCUACCAAUUGUUGGACAGCAUACCUUGGGAGAAAUAAAAUGUUAAUGGAGUGGAGUCGCAUGGCCGAGAGACGGGGUGUGUACAAAGCAAUUGGUUUUCUAUGGGUAUUCACAUUCAUGUUUUGGAGCGUGCCUAAGUGGGAAUAUGGCAAGAUAUAUUGUGCAGCAAGAGCAUAG